AAUCUCAAUCUUAACUCACUGAAAUCAUGGUUAUUCUGAUAUUACUUUAUUUAGACUGAGAAAUAAACUCACGAUAAAUGCUCGUAACAUUUACCAUGAGAUUGAAAGAUAAGAUCAUGAUAAUGGAGAAACAAUCAAACAUCAAGUAUCAAGAUCAUCAGCUCCCGAUGAUAAUAAAUGUUUCCUUUGAUUGAGAAAAAAGAAUAAUAAAAAAAAACUCAAAAAGUAGGUCAACAAAUUCAAGCCACUUCAAGUUCAUCAACUCUUACGUAGUCAUUAUAUUGACCAUUAGGUGACCUUUAACUUUGCCCAAGGACAGAAUUUCCAAAUCUCCAAUCACAAGAAAAGGAAAAAUAUUAAAAUGAGAACAAAUCGAACUGAAAAGUUCAGAAUUAAUGUCGAAAAAAACAAUCAAUAUUCAUAUGAUUCCAAAUGUUAUCAUUUAGUAGUAUCCGAGGUGGAAAAAAACUGAAUUUGUCUUGAAAUCAAAUGAAAUUUUCAUGAGAAGUUCAUUCAUUCAAAAAACAUAAAGAAUAUAACUUUAUAUUUCUUUUGGGAUUCGAUGGUCACCUCAGUUUCUCUUAAUUUCGAUAUUGUGUUUACGAAAUACGAAACCGUUGCAACUGUGAUAUAAAAAAAAAGAAAGACAACAAAAGUGAUGGAAAGAGGAAGAAAACAAAAGAGAAAAACUCUGAAGAGAAAGAGAAGAUAAAAGGAAGAUGAUGAUAGUAUCAAUCGAUAAUCAUUAGAGUGGGAAAAAAAGAAUAAAAGAAAACUGGUCAUUCUUUAUUAUUCUCAUUUCUCCAAAUGUCCAGUAGCAAAGUAAAUAACAUGAAAAGAUUCUAACUGAAGAAAUUACAUCAUCACCUUUUACCUGUAUUAUCUUCAUCUUCAUCUUCAUCCUUCAUGAUCAAUAAGAACCGAUUCAAGUUUCAUGUUACUAAAUGAAUCAGAAUGAAAACUUUAACCUUUAUCAUUAACUUUUAUCACAACUUAUUGAUCAACAAUUAGAAGGUUAUUAAAUUGUGCUUACAAAGUUAAUCUGACCAUUGAUCUUUAGUCCUAAUUCAUGGUUAUCACAAUUAAGGUGAAAACAGCUGAUUAAAGCUAUUUGUAUAUCUUCAGCCUGAGUCUACAAGGAUUCAUGGUAGAUGUCACCAUGAACGUUUGAUUAACUCCAGAAAAUAUUAUCUAUCUUUUUUUUCACUCCAAAGUAAAUAAGUUUAUGGGAAUAAUUUAUCAUGAAUGAUAAUAUAAAAAGGGAAUUAACAUUUCCAUAAAUAUGAUCAAAGUGAUGGAGAUGAAGAUGAAGAUGAUCAAAUAACAGAAGCAAUAAGUAAGUUAUGUUGAUCAAUCGAUGAAUAGAUGUUAAGAUAAAGAGUCGAUUCUAAUAAUAUGAUUAAUAUUAAAUCUUUUUUACUGAAGAAUGGAAAAUGAAAUUAAUUUUCUUAUUGACGUACAAAUGUUAUUAUCAACAUGGUUUUCAUGAUAAUCAUCACAAGAUAAUGAUAAUAAAAGGUUUUAGCGUUAAUAAAAUGAGGUAAGAAACUGUGAGAAUUGAAGAUUUUAUCAGUUUAUCACCAGCAGAACAUGAAACUGGGGCAAGGUUUUUUUUCUCCUUCUUAUUUCAUCAUGUUAACAUUUUCUUUAUCAAAAAAAAGAGAAAAAUUUCUACAGAAUAAUUUUAACUCCCUGUGAGUGAGGAUUGGGAGAGUAGUGGUGAAGUUGGAUGACUAUGGAGUGGGAGCCAGGGAGUAUAAAUUGAUAGGAUAAACUGGAAAGGUAUUGAAGUAUGAAUUUGUGUGUGAGCAUUGACGUCAUAAUUUCAUGUCUCUCUCAGUCUUUUCCCCUGAAUUAUGCAUCUUCCUCAACUGAAAAUCCAGGUUAAAUGUAUAGUUGCCAAGGAGAAUCUCCUGAAUUUUUUUCUUCUCAUUCUUUAUCUCAUCCCGAGAUAUUAUCAAUAGAUAUUAUCAUCAUCCACCUAUUAUGAUUCAAAUUUGUUCAGAUAAAAAUACGCCAAGCCCAUUGUCAUAUUCAUUUCAAGGCUUUUCAAUGUUCAUCAUGUCCAAAUAUAUUGUUAUAAUAUCUUAAUAUCCUUUUGAUCUGAAGAUGAGUUUCCAUCAUGUAUUAAUCAUGGUUUGAUAGAUAAACUUAUCAAGUUAAUCGCAACCUAAUCUUUGACCUAUUUUCGUCCAACGUAAAAUUAAUUGUCACUUAUAACUCUUGGGAUACUUUUCAAUAUUCAGAUUCCAAUGUCAAAAUUUUAUCUCAGCCUGAUUCUGAUGCUUUAAUUUCAAGGUUUCAUGUUUUUUCAUUCACUUCUUACUACUGGUCAAUGUUUUUGUUGACCAUUUGUUUUAGUUUUCUCUUUUUUUUGAACAAUUGAGAAACUUUAAUGUAACUUAAUUGAUAUCGAGCUGUUCAGGAUAAGUAAGUGAGGUUUAAAAUCGCCUGAGGGUAAAUUGCCUGUCAGAACAGUUUCUAUGGUAGUUGACAUUAUCUUCAUGAUUGGAAUAUACAAGAAUUGCUCAGGAAAAUUGUUUGAGAGCAAAAAAAAAACGAUAAUAACUUUUGAUGGAUUAGGUUUCAGGUUAAAUGAUUGAUGUAAACAGAUUUAACCAGUAAGAUUAGUUGGAAAGCAAUGAAGAGGUGACAGUUCUGUAUAUUAUGAAGAUUCUCAUGAUGAUGGAACUGAAUAAAUCUUGAUUGUAUGAGAAAGUAGGGGAAUUCCAGUAGCAUAAAGUGAUCAUCAUUUUGUAGCUUCUGAAUGAGUCAAAAGAUGGAAACAGUUUGUUCAAGAUCAACAUGGUGUUUCAUUAUUUCCAUGCAUUUCUAAUAUUAUAUCUCGUAUUUGUCUCCAUCCUCAUCAUCUAGUGCUCUUCCACCCGCAUCCUUGAUCCCUCAUCUCUCACUUUGCUUGAAAACAAAACCUACGAUUAACUAUUUAAACUGAUGAACCUCUAAGAUGUAAACUCGGUUAUCUAACUGUAUUCAUGUUCACUGAAUUGUUCAGGUUCUCCCUGAGUUAUCAUGUUGAAGAUUUUUCAUCAUCAUAAUGUUCAUAUCUUGAUAACUUUUUCUUUGUUUACUAUUAAUAUUGCAUCAGAUUAAAUGAUGCUUAUCAUCAUCAGGGUAGAUUCAGAAUUUCUUCAGAGUAAAAGCAAAGUUCAUUGAGAAAAUAAGAAAAGAAGAUAUUUUUUUCAUCCAACCUCAAAGCUCAUUUUGUUUAUUAUUAUUUUGUAAUCACCGUGAUAAAGAUGAUAAACAAUUUCACCAUCUUAUGGGAAGGUAAUUAACAGGGGAAAUUAUCAUUAUGAUGAUUAUAAGGAUCAGAAAAAGUUCAGGCAUAGAAUCAGCUAUAAGUAGGUUUACUUUUUCGUAAUGAAAUUUGCUUGAAAUUUAUUUCAAUUAUCAUGAUAAUUUGCUUGUAAAUUAAUGAUUCGGAUAAAAAAUUUUCAAUUUCAAAUCAAUUACUCAAAAUUCAUUUUAAACACAGGAAAUGAAAUUCAUAAUAUUAAAUACAAGCAAAUGUAUUGAAUGAACCUUCAUGUUCACAUGGUUACUCAACUCUAGAAUGAUAAAAAAUUGAACAAUUGGUUUGAAAUUUUAUCUUCAAGUAAUAUUUUAUCUUCCUCUUCAUCCAAUGAAUUUAUCAUGAGACUCAUGUUUACGAUGAAUAUUUAAUAACUCGGAUGAACACAUGAAAUCAUUGAAAGCAAAUAAAUGUUGGCAAAAUUUUCCUUAACCCAUUCAAACAAUAAUCUAAAUCACCAGAAAUGAACAACUAAAAUUAAGAGACAAAGAUUAUCUCCAAGUAGUUAUGCAAAGACCUGGUCUGGGCCAAGCGUCCAUACUGGACCAACAUACUCGACCCACUUUUUGGAGGAAAAUUCAAAUUUUUUAAAACAGUAUAAAAGAGGAUACGAUGAAACAUAACAUGAUUUUACGAAUCAUCAUUUUCUCAUGACAGCUGAUGACAGAUCUGGACCAUUGAAGAUGAUACUGAGAUAUAUUCGCAGGUAUUUAAAUGUUCGUACCCGUCACUUCCAGAAUUGGAUUAAUAGAACCAUAAACACUGCUAUACAGCGUAUUGAAAUGGCUGAUGAAUUGAGAGAUCAACUUGAAGCCACUGGAAAAAGGAAUCAGACAUUUAAAGAGAAUAAUGAAAGAUUAUCCAAGGAAAUAGAUGAUCUGGCUGAAGAGUUAGAGGAAUCCGCCGACAUAAUAGAUGGUUAUACAGAUUCUAUCAAUUCAUUAAAUGAUAGAAGUUUGAAGACCGAAAUUAUCGAAGAUAAGAAAUAUAAUGAGUAUCUACUCAUUCGUCUUGAGAGAUACACCGGUCUUCCCAAAGACGAUUUUUCUGAAAGAUACAAUAAGUGGUGUGAAGUUAAAACACAAGAAAAUGAGCGGAAAGAAUCAGAAGAGAGACGUCAAAAAAGAGCCAGAGGGCUUUAAUUUUCAAAUAAAUAUAGCUAUUUAGCUUAUUUCUGCUUAAAUGUAUGUUUAAAUCAUUUCAAAUUUCGUGUCAAAAAAUAUCAAAAAUUUGGUUCAGAAAGUUUGGUCCAGUAUGGACGCUUGGCCCAGACCCGAUCUUUUUAUAACUACUUCUUCAUGAUUAAUUGAUUGAUUGAUCGGUUAGAUUUAAGUGUGGCAAUAUCAUCAAUAAGAAAAUUCAAUGAUAAAUCUGAGACUCAUUUUCUCUUCAGAGAUUGAGAAACUGAAUUACCAUUAAAAUAUUGAUUUUAUUGCAAAAUUUUUACUCAUAAAAAUCAUCAGUUACCAAUAUGAGUUUCAUUUAUCCCAAUUACAAUUACAAAUAUCCAAAUUUCUAUGAAGUAUUUCAGGAUAAGUCUCCUUAAA